GGUCCAGUUCACAAUGUACUCCAUCCUCCUGGAGCGAAAAGAUCACCGUUGGGAAUUUCUGCUAACUUUGCUCACUUUGAGCCCCAAGAGUUCCAAAAGUUAAGUUGAAUCUUUCUUACCUUUUGAAAGACUUUGAUUUUGUUUUCAGUUUGCAAAAGGAUCUGUCUAGUCAUCCAUCCGUCUACCAGAGAUGACAGAUCUAACUAUUGUAACCCAAUUUAUUUAGUAAAUAACUUGGUAUAUAUUCGACAAGUCUUUUUCAGGUUGUUUAAAAUCAGGUUAGUCACAAGUAGGGAAUUGAUGCUGUGAUUUACGUUUGUUUUGUGAUGACCUAUUUUAAGCAAUAUUUAAACUUAUCAAAUCUCAAUUUUUGAAAAAAAAUCAAAGAAUAAUUUUUAAAGCGUGUUAUUAUAAACUUACAUUUUAAUUUGCUACCUAAUUAUGCCACUUCAUUGCAGAAUCUAUGCAAGCAAUAUGCAAAUUGAUUUGAGCAGAAACUCAGGGUGAGGGACACUUUCUUAAUCAUGCAAAACUUUGGACAUAGUUUGCACUGGAAUUGCAACUUGUGUAUUGAGCGGACUUGACUCCUCUACACUUUGCUUGUUUUUAUCUAUUACUUAUGACUCAUCUUCUGACAAAGCUUACCUUUUCUGAGGUGCAUAAAUGAUUCCAAGAAUUCAGCAUAUGUUUGUUCAUGACUGCUGCAAAAUCUUUCCAAAGCAUCAAAGGCUAUUCCUCCUUCCUCCAUAAUUUGUGAUCUCAACACUGCUCACAUCUCUAGUGUAGAUAUUUCAUCUAGAAUACAAAACAGGCAUAGGAUAGCUACAAUAAAACAAAUGGGCCCAUUUGGUCAAUGGUGAGGUGCACGGGCUCACUCAUUAUUUACUUCAAAGGAAGUAGUCCACAAAGAUCUAGCGACCUCUGUGGUGAAUAUUUCAUGUCUUUCAAAGUUAAAUUGGAUCUGUCAUAAAUGAAGGAUAUCUCCAGUUCUGUCAAUCAACAGGCUAAGCAGUGAACCAUAAUAAAGAAUUUUCACUGAUGGCACACCAAGAAGUUAAACAUUCCAAUUGCCCAUCAUUUGUUAAUCAUUUUACACGCAGGGAAACAAAGAUAGUAACAUAUACAUGGAAUUUAUUUUUAAAAGACUGAAAUAUAACAAAUAAACUUUAAAUCAAAAUAAAAUAAAAAUCUAUGGCUCAUUAUGAAUUCUGUCUGCACAGACUUCAAAAGCAUGCCCUAUGAUUGAGUGAGGAAAGAGUGACUACAAAAUUGCAAAUACAUGGAGUUCACAAGUUUUUGUCAGGAAACUGCAUAUUUCAGACAUUCAAGGACAGGUGAAAGAACCAAAUUAACCCUUUGAAAACAACUCUCUAAGUAGUCCAGACAGGCCACCAGGUUGUCUGCUAACACUUUAGAGAUCCUGGUGAAGGCAGUGAACAAAAUGAGGAAGAUCCUGUUCCUUGCUUGGCUCUGAAAGUUAUACCUUCUCCAUCAAUGGAAACAGGGCAUAGCUCAACCCAGUAACUUAACCUUAUAGGACAUGACAGUAAUGCUGGAGGGGGAGGAAACAAUUAAAUUACUAGGAUUACCAAGGGAAAAAAAAAUCUAGAUCUCUAACUCCCUGCUGAUACCUCCAAACUCACUGAUCAAAAUACUCCUGUCCCCAUUUCCUUUCAGUCUUCUCCAAUCACUUGACCACAUUUCUUUUCACUUAUCUUUUUCGUGCUCUCACCGUGAUUGCAAUCCACGUUCAACUUUUUACCUGGUCAUAGCCAGGGCUGUCUCAGCUAAUACAAGUGCCUGAUCAUUGUCACAUAUUAGAUGCUGAAGUACCCACUUUAUGUCUGAAUUACAGUGGUGCUAUCAAAUGUCUUGGGCAUUUUCUUUAAUUUGAAGUUUGGUUUUGCAUUUGUUGUAUCAGUUUGCGAGAAUGCAACUUAUAAAGCGAAGUAGCCAAAAAUAUUAAACAGGAUUGCUGAAAUUGAUUCCAAUUGAACUUACAUUGAGAAUUACUGGCUCCCAAUUCUUUGUUAUUUGCUGAUAUAAUUGUGAUUUAUCGGUAAAGACAAUGAAAUUGAAUUGCUUAAAAAAAUCUAGCAUUUCAACUGAGAAAUUGGUAAAGUAGAACAUAAAAUACUAAACUGAUGUGUUUCUGAAACUUUGAAUGCUUUUUAACAACAAAACCAGGAUGUUGCAUCGCAAAGCAUGCUGUCUAGCAUUUUAAAAAAUAACAGUUCAAAUCUGUAACAGAGAAAAACCCCAACUUCUGCAAAUCUGACCUCUAGGGAAUCUCAAAUGAACCAGCAGAAAAUGUUUACAUAGGCAAUGUGAAUGGUUUAUGCAAAACCUGGUGGUUUUGUAACAGGAAACAUUGUUGUUAUCAAUUGUUUUGACGUCUACCACCAACACCAUACAAACUGCUGUAGAGCUUUUUAAAAUCUUCCAUGAAAAACCACCUCCAGUAUCUUUUUCAUCGACUGCAUGAUUUAUAUAUUUGUUAAGGUGACAACUGGCACCCUGGAAUGGCAAAUAAUAUCCUCAACAACACAUCUGUUACCAGAACAUCCAAUGUCAUCGUUGCAUCUGUUGAACUCCAACAAUCAGACAGUAACACUCAUCACGGUCGUGCUUAGUACCAUCUGCACCCAGCUGUAAACUCUCUGAAAUAUCUUCUACACUGCCUGUAUGCUGCAUAUUUGCCAAGUGUUCAGCACCUUCUAAUUCUACAAGCAACUUCAGUCUCCUUUGCACUUGACAGGUAAUAUUGUUUGAAGAAAGUGAUCAGAGAUACUGUCAGCUUUUCACCACUACAAUGACUCUGCAAAUGGUCUCAGAGAAUAUCAAAACUGGACUCAUCUACCCAGGCUUUUCUUUAUUCAAUUUUAACGGUGAGGUCUUCUUUUUUGGUCAGAAAGGGUGGCCAAAAAGAUCGUGCAGCACUGGAGUUUUUCUUCUUCAUCUCAAAGGCCAUAGUUUCAGACUGAAAGCGGUUUCAUUUUCACCUGACUCCUGUUACCUUCCCCCAUUGCGUUGUCCUGCAAUAACACAUUACUCAGAUCCCUCAGAGCCUAAGAGCCCUUUAUAUUUAAUCCAUGGCGGGAGAGAUCCAAAUAAUGACUUGUCUAAUUCACUUUAUUUAAUGAUGGUUUACAGCAGCACUGGCAACAAGAGAACAUCACUUCGUUGCAUUGAAAAAAAUCUUGAAGGAGACGUUCCCCAAGGAAGAUAUGGUCACAGCAUCAAUGUGGUUCAGUGCAAGGGGCAAAUGUUAUGUGUCUUGUUUGGGGGUAGACGUUUUCGGCCCCCAGGGCAAAGAACCACGGAAAACUGGAACAGUGUAGUUGAUUGUUUGCCGGAAGCUUUUCUGAUUGAUAUAAACACCGGCCACUGCACGUCCCACAUACUUCCCGAAGUAGAGGAUGGGUUUUCAUUUCAUAUCGCCAUUGCAAAAAUUGACAGAGUGUACAUAUUAGGUGGUCAUUCAAUUGAAACUAAUCGUCGCCCUACAAGGUUGCUUUGUCUGAAGGUUGAUUUAUUAGGGACUUCUCCAAGUGUACAGUGCACAGUACUGCAAGGCGGCAUUUCUGUGUCCAGUGCAAUUGUGACCCCAGCUGGAAAAGAUGAAUUCAUAAUUGUGGGUGGCUACGAGUCCGAGAUCAAGAAGCGAAUGAUUUGCAAUACCAUCACUGUGGAGAACGACAACAUUCAGAUUUUGGAAAAGGAGCCCCCAGCAUGGACCACUGAUAUUAAAGCAAGCAAAACCUGGUUUGGUAGCAGCAUGGAAAGUAAUGCAGUGUUAAUUGGCAUUCCCGGAGAAAGCAAACAAGAUGCAGCCGAGGCAAACUUCUUCUACAUAGCAAAAUUUGGGCAAUUAGACGAAGAAAGUCAAAUUCCUUGUAGUCAAGAAUCCUUUACUGAUCCAGAAGAAUGCAGCACCUUUGAAGAUUCAGAAGAAUUUAACUUUGAAGUAGAGGGCGAGGGUUCUGAUGAUGCAGAGAACCGAGAUAAUGCUGAUGAGGAAGGUUAUUGGAUUAAAUGCAGCUCCACAUGUAAUGUGAACGUCAACAUCUGGGAACCUUAUUACUCCACAGAAUUAAAUAAACCUGCAAUGAUUUUCUGCUCGAGUGGAGGUGAUGAUGGACACUGGGUACAUGCCCAGUGCAUGAAUCUUGCAGAGUCGCAGCUGAUUCAGUUUUCUCAAGAAAACACACAGUAUUUUUGCAAUGAGCAUUACAUCGAUAGAGGAAUUCAAACGCCUCAAAAGAAGAAACAGAUAAAGCGAACACCAAUUAAAUCUCCGCGUAAGAAAUCACCAGCCACUCUGAAAAGGACACCAAUGAAGAAAAGCUUUCUGAAGAGACUAUUUGAUUGAAACUGUAUGGAAAUGACUGACAAUUAAAUCAUUUGCAAUUUAACAUCUGGGGUCGUAGCAAUAUUCGUGCUUUCUGAUGUCUAGCUUACGCUAAACUUGUCUUCAGAUAACAAAAUCUUUUUAUCAUUCCUCAAUCUUGGGAACAUAAGUGAGUGGAGUCCAGAAGUGGAACAGUGUAUGAUUAAGAUUUAUAUUAUUAUUUGGGGACUUGGGUUCUAAAGUAGAUGUAAAUGGGUUUUUAAUUUUUAGAUCUGUAAGGAUUAGAAACCCAUAGUUUUUGAGGUGGAUCAAAUUGAUUUUCUAAUAAAUCCUAAGACAUAAACUAAAUUACUCAAAAUUGAGUUCUGAGGAAGGGUCACCGGACCCAAAACGUUAACUCUGCUUUCUCCUCCACAGAUGCUGCCAGACCUGCUGAGCUUCUCCAGCAACUUUGUUUUUGUUCCAAGAUAAGUGUACAGACUAUAUAUACAACACACAACAAAUGAUGAGCUACUAGUCAAACCCCUGUCAGCAUUACAUAGUCUACAUGGUAUGGAUUCUUUCUUGUUAACUGAAACAAUGUACUUUUUCUUAUUUAACAAAAAGUCUAAUAGACUUGUCAUGUGAUCCAACGAUACCAUCAUACUAUGCAAUGUCGAUAUACUGCAGAUGCUGGAAUCCUGAAAUAAAAAGUAAACUGGAAAUGCUCAACAGGAAAGACAGUCUCUGUACAGAGAGGUCAAAGGCGUCUCAUUCAGAACAAAAGUUCAAAAAGAUAUAAACAAAAUGUUCUGACAAUAAGUCAUCGGCCCAGACUGUUUUCCUGUCCCAAACUGUUAGAUUUUCCCAAUAUUAGAAUCACAGGAUCCCAGCAAUACAGAAAAAGGCCAUUUAGCCCAUCGAGUCUGCACCAACCCACCAAAAAGCAUCCGAUCCAAACCCCUAUCCAAUCCCUGGAACCCUGCAUUUCCCAUGGCUAAUCCACUUACCUGCUUAUCCCUGGACACCACAGGGCAACAUAGGAUGGCAAAUCCACUGACCUGCACAUCUCUGGCCUGUGGGAGGAAACCAGAGCACUCAGCAGAAAUGAGGAGAACAUGCACACAAACAGUCAACCCAGGCUGGAAUCAAACUCAGGCCCUGAUGCUGUGCCACCAUGCCACACAUAUUCUAAGAGUAGAUGAGAUAGGAAGGCAGAUUCCAUUCGCUCAACCUGUAGUACACCCUAGGGGAUUUGGGUAGGCACGGCUGGGAGACCCCAGUGUAGUGGGGAACAGAAUUGAAGCAGAGAGACUGGGGAGGCUACGGAGUGCCAUCCCAAAGAAGGCGCCUCUUUCCUAGUUGAUAGCAAAUCUAACUGACAAAUAUGCAGACCUUCAACACUAGCUUGGGGCUGUAAAGCUCACCACUGCCUGUUUAUAUUUCUCUCCUGGGUUAUAAAUUACGUAAGACUCUCAGCACACAAUAAGGGCCGGUGGGACACAUUUAAAUGCAAUAAAUGGUGUAAACAAGAACUAAUAUUCAAAUGAUGCUGAGAUUGAACAUGAGAUUUGUUGCAUAAUCUUUUGCUAUUUUGUAAUGUUACCUCUAAUGGUUUUUGGCUUUACUGUUCUGGAUGUAACAUUUGAUGCAGUUUUAAAGAUUGUUUUGCAAACUUACUUUUGGU